AUGACGAUUGCUAAUGUUGUAUGUUCAGGGGAUUUAUCUGGUGAUACCAAGGACACGAAUGAAGAAAAGAAUCUGACGUAUACUCUUAUUGGCCAUUUCACUGAAUACGGUAUCAUGAAGAGUUCUGAAGACUGUUGCCCAUAUUCAGUGCUAACAGAAGGACCUAUUUCUGACCGCUUUUCUUCUGUUAAUAAUCGUAGUUUGCUUUUACAAUAUCUAUGUUCAGAGAUAAUGGCUGUUAGACAACUAUCUACAAUGAAGUCUGUUGGUAAACAAAGUAACGAACAUCAUUUCAUGGAUGUGGACAGUUCAGAGGAUAAUGUAGAAAUUCUAUCCUGUUUGCAGAAAGCGUUUAAAGCUCUUGGCUUAAAAGUGCCUCCUGAUGACUCAGCACCUACUGUUAUAUAUUCUUGUCUUCAAAAAGGUAUAUCCGAUUGUCUUUCAAGAUGCCCACCCAAUCAUAUGGGGAAAUCAGUUAUCCCACUGACUGGUAUCAGUGAUCGCCAAUGGUCACAGAUAAUGCGUAUCGCCGCAUUGCUACAACAACAAUAUUCCAGUCGCCAAGCUACUCUUUUAAAACGUUUAGAUGUUACUGUACAAAGUUUUAAAUGGUCAGAUAAAGCGAAAUCUAGUUUGGAUAAAAUCACUACUGUAUAUAAUCCAAUCCGUGAGAGAAUGGGUUUAAUUCCAUAUCCUGGCAUUCCUAAUGUCUUAGCUGUACGUGACAACAUGAUAUUGCAAAUUGAAAAGACAAGUGGUACAAGUGCACGUCGUUAUACAUCGUGUGAAUUGAACAAAAUUUUAAUUGGUGGUAGAGCAUGGGGAUUGGAACCGCCUCCACCUGAAAUGCCUGCUUUUAAACAACGUCAUCCAGAUGGGGGUGUUGGAACACAGAGAGGUGGUCGCGGCGGUGGUGGUGAUGGUCGUUAUGGCAAUCGUGGGGGUGUUCAGGGUGGUACUAGUGGAUAUUGCUGAAAUGAAAAACAGUGAUAGCAAUAUUGCCAGUUUACUCAACAAUUUACGGUUUGCAAUCUAUAGUCUAUUCAACUAAAUCACUAAUCAUACAUGCUUGUAUAAACAUGGUAACAUAUCAUGUAGUCUUGAAUAACUGUUCGACUGCAGCUAUUGGACAGUUGAAUAAAUUUAAUACAACUAGACAAUUGUUAAUCAGUAGUUGAACAUGCCGAACAUAUGACUUUGGAUGAAGAGCGUGGUUUCUAGGAGGACAUCUAAGUCGAAGUUAAACAAGUGAUGUGACUUCGCAAAUAAAACAGUAGGAUUCUAUUUAUUAGGCCUCAUGUGUAAACUUCACUCGAUCUAUUUUGAUCCAACUAGUUGGACAGUGUUACAACUAAAUCUCACACAAGAAUGUUUUAAAACCAAGUACAUGAACUCAUAUUUGGUAAAUGUACUACAGGAUUAAAGUCUGUAAGUAGAUUGCUUCAAUCACUAGACAAUAGCUAGACAAUUAUUUGGAGAUUAGGGAGCAUAUAACUAUUGUCUCGUCCCAGUAUGAAACUUUGUGUAAUCAAACCUAAAAUCCUCCAAGCCUUUCGGUGAUCACGUUGGUUGUCUAACUUGAACCAAUUCCUCAUGUAAAUUGUUCUCAAAUAUCAAAUUAUUUAUGGACCCUCUAUACCAACCAGUUCGAAUUCUUUGUAUAUUUACAUGUACUGUUAUACACAAAUUAUUUGUAUGUAUCAGUUCUUUGCAAAUCACUGUUGUGCUGAACCUCUUUUUGUUUUACAUUUCCUCAUCAUUCUGUUUUUUUUAAUGAUAUUUUUGUUGUCUACGAAAUUUCCCGACUUCUAUCACCUUUUAGCAAAUAUCAUCGAGAUCCCUGCACAGUAAAUAUCAUCCAUCCUAAGCCUCAUAAACAUUUGUAUUCAAUAAUUUGUGAACACUUGCAUCUUAUUAUUUUAUUUAAACGCAUAAACAUUAGUACAAGGAUGCACCACAAAUAGAUAAGCGCCAC